AUGGCGCUGUCUGCUUCCGCCAUCAUAUGCCCCAAAUCGCUCUGCCGCGCUCAAACCCCUCUCUCCAUUUCAAAACCCACUUGCUCGUGUUCUUGCUUCUCCUCUUCGCAACUGGAAUUCGACAGAAAUGCCUAUAGUAAACCCUCUUUAAACUCUGUUCCCAAGCGGAAGAAUCGCAUAGUUGACGUGGGCAUCGAGCUAUUGUCGGCUUCAGUUCUCGCUCUGUCUCCGAUGGACGCUGACGCCACCAGGAUCAUCGAGUACUACGCCACCGUGGGAGAGCCUCUUUACAAGCGUGCUAGACCGCUGACCAUGCGGAUUGGUGUUGGUAAGGUGAAAGCAUUAUCCCUUACAGCUUGUCAGGUGAUUAAGGGUCUGGAUCAGGGGAUUUUCGGGGGUGGUGGAAUACCUCCGAUGCACAUAGGUAAAUGACCAAUAUCAUGAAAGAUGGAAGAUUGGACAAUGUUGUUUUGAACCCUUAUGUUUGUUGUCUGCAAAAGCUUGUAGAGAUGGCCUAAAGCAGUACUGUCACAGGCCACACACAGGUGGUAAGCGUAGGCUUCUUAUUCCUCCAAAGCUAUCAUAUGGACCAGAACCUGCAGGCUGCUUCUCAGGUGAUUCUUACCAUUGCCAAAGCAGAGAAAUGUGUUGCAACCGCCCCUCCAGAUCGGGGUACCCGUCGUGAACUGAUCGGAGUCGUCAUCUAUCUUAUUUGUGGUGGAUCGAACACCUUUUGGUCCGGUCUCGACCUUAGGGUCGAAACCGGGACCUGGUCUGCGAAAUUUAGAGUUCUGGGUUCGGGAGUACGGUUACGUGUGGGGAAGUGUAUUCACACCCCACAACGCCCAAAAUUGGUACUACCUAAAUCGAUAAGCCUUCUUAAGGAUUGGGGGUUUUAUUUUUUGCGCCUUAUUCGCGUAUUGA